ACUGCUUGCUGAAUGGAAACAAACCAAGUUCUGCCCGUUCUGCCAAAAUGUCCAGUAAAGAAGUGAAAGCUGAGCUGAAAAGUGCAAGAGAAGCCAUUAAAAAUAAAGAGUUUAAAGAAGCUUUGAAACAUUGUAAGGCUGUUCUCAAGCUUGAGAAGAAUAACUACAAUGCCUGGGUGUUCAUUGGAGUGGCAGCCACAGAGCUGCAGCAGCUGGAUCAGGCACAGAUCGCCUACAGAAAGGCUACUGAACUGGAGCCAGAGCAACUGCUGGCAUGGCAGGGUUUAGCAAAUUUGUACGAAAAAGGUGACCAGGCAGAUUUCAAAGCCGAGCUGCCCAAGAUUUACCAGAAACUUAUUACACUGUAUGAAAUCUCAGACAAAGCAAAAUGUUUCGAAGUGAGCAAGAAGUUGGUGGAAAUCUCUCAGUCGGAGAAGAACUAUUUACAGGUGGCCAGAGUGUGGCGGAGGUUAAUCCAGAUGAAGGAGGGAGAGGAAGGGGUGGAGGAUUCAGAGCUGCUGGAGCUGUGGAAGGAGAUGACCAGACUCCUGCAAGACACUAUUGAGGAUCAGGACAAUGAGACUCAGCAGCACCUGAUAUCAGCAUUUGAAAGAGCUUUGGAAAUGACAGUAGAUGUGCCCAGUGAAGCCCACAGCAGUCUCUCACAGGAUUACAUUAAAUGUCUUUCUAAGCUUCCUCAUGAGGUGGCCAAGCUAAAAGAGUUUUGUGAUGCCACACUGUCCUGCUAUCCAACACAAUCCUACCCUCUAGAGGCCCUCAGUGAGCACUACAUCUUAACAGGUAAGUGUGGAGUCCUCGAAGUCAAAUGA